AUGGAUCAGCACAUAGAAGAGCUUUCCAUAGCACUGAAUGACUCUGGAACAGAGAGUCUCCUCAAGGAUCCUGACACUUCUCUUUGUGACUCCACUGAAGCAGAAGACAAAGAUGAAAGUAUCCGUUCGUCUCACAUAUUCGGCUCAUCCUCUUCUCUGGCUGAAGAUAAAACACUUCCCGCUGUUGACAAAUCACCUCUUAAUCCCAAGAGUCCAGGGGGCAGCUUUGACCCUCAUGGCUUAUCAGAGAAAUAUGUUGGCAUUGUGACAUUGCCAAACCAAGUCCAACAGAAAGCAGUGAAAAAGGGAUUUGUGUUCAAUCUUAUGGUUGUUGGUGAGUCUGGUUUAGGCAAAUCCACUCUUGUCAACAGCCUUUUCCUCACAAACCUCUAUAUGGACAGAUAUAUGCCUGAUGUUUCAGAGAAGAUAGCUCGGACAGUAUCGAUAACGAAAAGCACUUUAGACAUCGUUGAAGAGGGAGUAAAUCUAAGACUCACAGUUAUCGACACCCCUGGUUUUGGAGAUGCCCUUAAUAAUCACGAAAGCUGGAAGGCCGCAGUUCAUUAUGUAGAUCAGGAGAUGGAGAAGUACCGCAGAAAUGAGAUCGGGAUGAACCGUAAAGACAUAACAGACAACAGAGUGCACUGUUGUCUGUACUUCAUUUCACCUCAUGGCCAUGGUCUUAAACAAAUCGACGUGAACUUUAUGAAAGCCUUGGAUCAGAAGGUCAACAUCGUGCCUGUGCUGGCUAAAGCAGACAGCCUCACUCCAAAAGAGACCUGCAAUAUCAAGGCAAAGCUUUUGACUGAAAUUGACAAAUUCAGAAUCAGGGUCUUCCAGGUUCCAGAGUGUGACCCAGAUAAUGAAGAUCUGUUCAAGCAGCAGACUCUAGAGAUAAAGAGAAGUAUGCCAUUUGCUGUUAUUGGGAGUAAUACAGUAGUAGAGAGAAAUGGCAGGAGAGUUCGAGCCCGUGUCUAUCCAUGGGGUACUGUAGAAGUUGAGAAUCCAUCUCACAGUGAUUUUGUGCAUCUGAGGAACAUGUUGAUCCGCACACACAUGCAGGACCUGAUACAUACAACCCAUCAUGUGUUGUAUGAGAACUAUCGGAUAAAUUGCCUUUGCAGGAACCCAAUCUUGGAGAAUGUAUAAGGAAACCUUGGCAUGUCUCACUGAAACCUUGGCAGUGAAAGAGCUGACUGAAGAAAAAGAAAAAUGAAAAAGUACAGUUUUAAAAAGAUCACUUAAAGACAGUAACGAACCUAUCUAAUGUUUGAAUUAUUUAAAUUGCUUUGAGGUGUCUAACAAUAUGCUUUAUAUUUAGGCCCAUGCAUUUAUUUGGGGUAAGAUGAAAAAAUAACAUAGAAUAUAGAAACAAAUGUAAAUAUUCAUAUUUUUUAAUUCCGAAGAUAAUAAAUACUUUA